GAAGCAAGGACAGCGAGCUUGCCACGCAAGAGGCCUGGCUUCUGCAGCGCAUCCGACAUCCACAUAUCGUGAGGUUCUUGGACCUGGUGGUGGACAAGGGCCAGAUGCGCAUCGUGAUGCAGCUGAUGGAAGGCGACCUGGCACAGGCCAUUACUCGACGACGAGAAAUGUCUUUGGAUGGUUUCCCUGAGGAUCAGCUCUGGCGGUGGCUCCGGCACCUUUCCAGUGCGUUGGCCUUCCUUCACAGGGUGAAAAUUCUACACCGGGAUGUGAAACCCGCGAACAUCUUCCUCUCCAAGAGCAGCGAUGCGAUUCUGGGUGAUUUCAGCAUCGCCAAGGUUCUGAGUGGUGCCCUUGCUGCGACGCAGAUCGGCACGCCCGGAUAUCUGGCACCCGAGGUCUGGCUGGGACAUCGGUACGGCCCCAGGAGCGAUGUGUUUUCGCUGGGCUGCAGUAUCUUUGAGGCUGCUGAGUUGCAACGUGCCUUCAGCGCCAUGGCCGCGGAGGUCUGUCGGCCCUGUCCCCUGCGCCGUUCGGCCGCAGCGCUGAGCGAUGCCUUGCGGAAUCUGCUGCGACGGAUGUUGGAGAAGACGCCGCGGAAACGGCCAGGCGCCUUGGAAGUUCUCGCCCGUGUCAAAGCAGCGAGAUUUGGAGCUGAGAUGAAUUCCAGCCACAUGGAUAUGCCAUGGAUAUGGGGGAUUGAUCUUCACAGUGAAUCACGCCGUCCCAUGGGUCGUGGACGAAAUGCUUUGCUGGUGGGUGGCCUCACCUUGCUACAGGUGAGUGACUUCACCUCACGGUCUUUGACCGUGCUCAGUGGCCCCAUCAAGCCCAAGCCGGCUCAAGAUGUGGCAGCCAAGCACCAGAAAGAUGUGGCCCAGGAGGUCUUGGAGGGUGGAGAGGUCGUAGAUCCUCUCCCGGGUCACAAGCACGAGUGUACUUUGAUCUACCUGCAUGGCUGUUCCUGCAACGCCGCGCAAUACCUGGAAGAUGGUUGGGAACUCCCCUGGACCGGGAAGGAGCGUUGGCCGGGCUUGCGGACUGUGCUGCCGGAUGCAAAAGUCAUGAGGCAGCCCUGGGGUGAUGAAGAGCCCUCGUGGCACGGCUAUGUCAGAAGGAGCAGCAACAAAGUCGGCAAUUUCUCUACCCUGGAACAAACUCGUGACCGCUUGGCGCAUUUGGUCUACUCCGAGGUGGAGCGUUUGCACGGCCAAGGGCAUCGUGUCUUUCUGGGCGGCGCCUCUCAGGGCUGCACCGUGGCCUUGGAUACGUACCUUCUCCAGGCCCGCAAACUGCUCCUGGGUGGCUUUGUGGGAUCUGUUGGGUUCAUGCCCACGGAUAGACAAGGAUUUCGAGGGGCCAGCCAGGCGCUCGAAAAGAUCAUCAACAGCCAUCAACAGCGACAUCGACCCAUUUGGUUGCAAUGCGCCACCGACGAUGACGAAUUAGUUCCAUGGAGGAGUGAUGUGAAGCCCUCCUUGCAUCGAGCCAUUGGGCGCCUGCCUGGUCUCCACGUCAAGGAGGUGGAAGGACGUGGACACAUCUUGGAUGAGUGAGAAGGCGAAUUCGUGCGAAAGUUUUUAGAAGAGCACGGCAAGUUCCCCUGAGAGCAGUUCAAGUAGCUUCAAUGGAGACCCGGGCGACCCUCUCUAGCUG